CUUAUCGGGAUCUCGGGGCCGUUCGGGGCCAGCGGGCCCCCCGCGGCGGCGGUGACGUCACUCCCAGCGCUCCCAGUCCGAGCCCAGUUCGGCCGCCGGGACCGCGGCGCGCGCGGCGCCCCCAGACCCAAAGCGCGGAGCGACCCCGGCCCGGCAUGGAGACGCCCCCGCCGGUCACUCCCGCUCCGCCCCGGGACGCGGCUCUGGCCGUGGCCGAGGUCUCGGUGCUGUCGCUGCUCUUCCUGCUGGCCGUGUCCAGCAACCUGCUGGUGCUGCUGGCGCUGCGCAGCCCCCGCGCGCCCAGCGGGCCGCUGCGCCGUUACCUGCGGCACCUGAGCGCGGCGGACCUGGCGGCGGCCGCGGGGCUCGUGCUGCCGCAGCUGCUGUGGGACCUCACGGACCGGUUCCGCGGGCCCGACCCGCUCUGCCGCCUCACCAAGUACCUGCAGGGCGUCGCCAUGUUCGCCUCGGCCUACGUGGCCGUGGCCAUGGCGUGGGACCGGCACCGGGCCAUCUGCCGGCCCCUGGGCACGGCGCGGGGCACGGCGAGGGACAGGCAGGGGACACGGCGGGACGUCCCUGUCACAGGCCACCCUGAGGGGGACCGGGGCCACCAUGGAAAGGUCCUGGGCCACCGUGGGGGACUCUGGGGCCACCAUGCAGGACUCUGGGUCCGGUGCCACCACAGCUGGAUCUGGGACCACCACAGCUGGAUCCGGGACCACCACAGCUGGAUCUGGGACCGCCACAGCUGGCUCUGGGACCACCACACCUGGCUCUGGGACCACCACAGCUGGAUCCGGGGCCACCACAGCUGGAUCCGGGGCACCACAGCUGGCUCUGGGACCACCACACCUGGCUCUGGGACCACCACAGCUGGAUCUGGGACCACCACAGCUGGAUCCGGGGGCACCACAGCUGGAUCUGGGGCCACCACAGCUGGAUCGGAUGCCACCAGGCGGUGGUGGCGGGUGGCCGCCGACCGCGCCCGCUCGGGACUGUCCCGGUUCCCCGGCCCCGUCCCGGUUCCCCUCGGCCCCGUCCCGGUUCCGCUCGGCCCUGUCCCGGUUCCCUCGGCCCCGUCCCGGUUCCCCUCGGCCCUGUCCCGGUUCCCCUCGGCCCCGUCCCGGUUCCGCUCGGCCCUGUCCCGGUUCCGCUCGGCCCUGUCGCGGUUCCGCCGCCGCUGGGACGCGCUGGCCACGGCCUGGGCGCUGGCGCUGCUCUUCGGGCUGCCGCAGGUCGGCAUCUUCGGGCAGCGCGAGGUGGCGCCGGGCGAGCGCGACUGCUGGGCGGCGUUCGCGCAGCCCUGGGGCGCCCGCGCCUACGUGACCUGGGUGGCGCUGGCCGUGCUGGUGGCGCCCGCGCUGCUGCUCGGGGUGCUGCUCGUGGCCGUGGCCCGGGCGCUCCGCGGCAGCCCCGGCGGGCCCGGCGGGCUCGGCCGCGCCCGCGCCAAGAGCCACCGCAUGGCGGCCGUGGUGCUGGGCGUGGUGCGUGGACGCCGUUCUGCUCUGGGCCGGUCACACAUGGGGACACGGGGUGUGUUCGUGCUCUGCUGGACGCCGUUCUUCUGCGCGCAGCUCUGGGCCGUGUGGGACCCCCGAGCACCGACGGAAGGGCCCGCGUUCACCAUCCUGAUGCUCCUGGCCAGCCUGACCAGCUGCACCAACCCCUGGAUCUCGGCCGCCUUCAGCACCAGCCUGGCCCGGGCCAUGGGCAGGGUGCUGUGUCCCUGCCGCAGCCACCGUGGGGACACCGGGGGACAGCGGUGACACCGAGUGACACUGAGUGACACUGGGCACGGCCAUGGGCAGGGUGCUGUGUCCCUGCCGCCACCACCGUGGGGACACCG